AUGGCAGAGUCACUAGACAGUAAGCGAGGCCAGGCCAUGUUAACUGAGUCUGACCUUCUUCAAUUAGAGGAGAAAAUUGAAAGAAUUAAAGUAGUUUAUGACGAGUUUAAUGAGGUACAAAACCAAAUAGAACUAGCUGCAUCCGAUGAUAAUCUCGAGAAAGAAUAUGAGAUUCGUAGUGCUUUCGAAGACACUUAUUAUAGUCAUAGGUCCAUUGCCAUGUCCAUAUUGGGACCAAGAGAGCCCUUGCAAGACAACAACGAAUUUUGUCCCCCAAAAGCAAUUGACAUCAACAACAUCACCCAUAUUAGUGACCCAAAACUCCCUAGAAUUGACAUUCAAAUUUUCAACAAAACUAUUUCUGCUUUAAUGGAUACUGGCUCAAGUAUUAAUAUCAUACGUUCAGAUUUAGUUGCCGACUUUAAAAUUGAUAUAAAAGUCAAUAAUCAAAAAUUCGUAUCAGCCUGUGGAGAAACACCUACUUCUUCAGGCACAAUAGAUUUAGAUUUUUCAAUAAACUCUUUAGCUUGUAACUCAGAAUUUAUCCUUUUACCAAAAUUACAGGAACAAUGA